AUGGGAUCUGAAAAGCAUGGAAGUUCAGAUAGUUCGAGCGAUCAAGAAACUAAUCGCUCGUUGUCUCCUGAUCGCUCGAAAGAAGGAGUGGGCCGCUCCUACGAGUGUACCUUUUGCAAAAGAGGGUUCACAAACGCUCAAGCCUUAGGUGGUCACAUGAACAUCCACAGGAAAGACAAAUCCAAGCUGGCUAAACAACAAGUUAAAACUUCCACGACCACUACCACUACUACCGCUUCAGCCAAGCAUCCUAAAAAAGAUUAUUCGAUUGUUGCUUCUAGAUCUUUCAAGCUUAUUCCUAGUGAAGAGGCUCCGUAUGCUGGAUCUGGCAGUGGGUUUCAAACCGGUAAUCAUUAUACACCAUCAAACCCUAAUUUUCCUUGGACUUUGGCCGCCUCACAAUUCAAUAGCCGACCCCUACAUAAUAAGGAGAGUUUGAUUCAUGUGAACUUGAAUCUUGGUAUCGGGACUUCUGAUAUAGAAAAUGGCGGUACUAUAGGUAGCAGCACAAAUGUUGGGCGAGAUUGGUUUGAAAACGACCUUGAUUUGGAGCUACGUCUCGGACAAUAUAUCCCUAGCUAG